AUGUUGAGAUCUUUUGCAUUGUGGGGGUCUCUUAGGCGGCGGGCUUAGGACGCGCAUAGCACCGGCUUACAGGCUUGAGCCACCAUUAUCAGCCACUAAACCAUCCCGCGAUCGGGACUACAGUCAGCGGGCUACAGGUGUUAAAGGGAAUUCAACCCCGACCCCGCGUCGGGUGCUGACGAGCACUUCAACACGUCAAGAUACCUAAUUUAUACACACAGAGGCAGGAUCUCAUCUUGGCUCACUGAAAAUGAGUUCACAACUUCAGAAAAGCAAAUUGGCCUUCAUUGGCGGCGGCAACAUGGCCGGCGCCAUCAUCGGCGGGCUUGCGGCGAAAGGCAUCGACAAGCAGAACAUCUAUGUAUCGGAGCCAUGGGAGGUCAACCGCAAGAAGAUGGCCGACACCGGGGUGCGCACCACCGAGUCCAACGUUGAGGCGUCGCAAGACGCAGACCUCCUCGUCCUCGCCGUCAAGCCACAGAUCACCAAGGGCGUGUGCAAAGAGCUUGCCGGCGCGUGGGCCCAGCGCUCGACUACGCCCUUGGUCAUCUGUAUUGCUGCCGGUAUCACACUGGCCAGCCUGAGGGAGUGGUUGAAGCUCGCUGACGGACGUGUGCCGCAUAUCAUCCGUGUCAUGCCGAACACGCCAGCUUUAGUGGGAGAGGGCGCCUCGGGUCUAUACGCCGACGCCAGCGUGACUUCGUCCGAGAAGGAGUUAGCCGAGGCACUUCUCUCCAGCGUCAGUAGAGCAGCUGAGUGGGUAGACCGUGAAGAGCUCAUAGAUGUGGUUACAGGGGUGUCUGGAUCUGGUCCUGCAUACUUCUUCGCUAUGGUUGAGCACCUGAUAGAGAGCGGAACGAAGCUGGGCCUCACCAAAGAGCAAGCCACCCGCCUAGCAAAGCAGACAUGCAUGGGCGCCGGGAAAAUGCUCAUCGAGUCGACCGACGAGCCGUCUCAGCUGCGAAAGAACGUGACAAGCCCCAAUGGCACCACCGCAGCCGCCCUCGAAAGCUUCGAGGCAUCCGGAUUCAAGGAUGUUGUAGACAAGGCGGUCAGGGCGUCGACGGAUCGAGCUAAAGAGCUUGGAGAGUCUCUGGGCAAGUCAUAAUCAUAAUUACUAAUUAGUCUUCAUUCAGCUUACGAAAGGUUAAUAAAGUGUGAAUCACCAUGUGCAACAAACAACAGCUAUGAGGUUAGGUUAAAUUUGCUAG